AUGGAUUCGCAGCAGCUCGUUGAAACGAGCUCGCAAAACAGUCAGGACCUUGUCCUGCCAAAACCAACCAGCAGCACCCCACGACACAGCAUCGAUGCUAUACUUGGCCUGGCUAAUCACAAAAGGAAUCAUCAAGAGAUGGAAGACAAUAAUCGCGAGACUCAGGAGAACGCUGGUGAGAACAGCUGCAACUCAACCGGCGGUGGUAGCGACGAAGAACUUGGUGCGGGUUGCGGGGACGAUAUUAACGGGAAUGGAGGUAAGAAGAAGCAUCGUCGUAACAGAACGACCUUCACCACUUACCAGCUGCACGAACUUGAGAGAGCAUUUGAAAAAUCACAUUAUCCUGACGUCUACUCCAGGGAAGAACUUGCCAUGAAGGUCAACCUUCCCGAAGUUCGUGUCCAGGUGUGGUUUCAAAAUAGACGAGCCAAAUGGCGUAGACAAGAAAAAAUGGAAGCUGCCAGACUUGGUUUAAGCGAAUAUCAUCAUGCCGCUAACAUGAGAAACGUCGGUGGAACGACUCUUGGAUUACCUGGAGAUCCUUGGCUCGCACCGCCAGGACUUUUGAGCGCACUUCCAGGAUUUCUGGCAGCGCCGCACACAGGAUAUCCAAGUUAUUUAACCUCCCCGAGACGAUUGCCCUCACCUCCGAACGUUGCUGCUGUGGCUAAUGCGGUCCCAGGAACAUUGGGAGGUGGAAUGGCAAGCAUAGGAGGUGGUAGUCACGUCCAACCACCACCUCCAAGUCCACCGGGUCACGAUCCCCGUACGAGCAGCAUCCAAGCAUUAAGAAUGCGAGCCAAGGAACACGUCGAAAGCAUCACCAAGGGACUUCAAAUGGUCUGAAGUUUAACAUUAGAUUCGAGAAGAUAAUCGAAUUUACCAGCCGACAAAGUUGAUGCCGAAUUCAUCAUCUUUGCUGUUUGUCGUCAGGAACAGGAACGAAGAUUACGAAUAUAUUUCUUCAUUGGAAUUUAUCACUUAUCGUCCAGCCUUCCAUCAUCUUGUUCUUGGAUUUUAUUUAUAAGAAACAUUAAUGAAUGAACUUACGUUUGAAUGUUCGUGAAAAAGAGGUUUUACCGAAAAAGAAAUCCGUUUGAUCCCAGUUUUAGAAAGAACUUUUAUAAUCGUGGGGUGUGAGACCACCAAAAAAUAAGAAACAUUAAAAAAGGAAAGGAAAAAAAACAAUGAAAUUAUGAAAGAAAGAAUUUAGUACCUGCUUUCGUUGUUCGUCCAAAUAAAAAAGAAACAAAGGUAACAAAAAGAUUUAACCGAUCGACGAAGUAAUCGAAGUAAAGUUUAACAACAAGCAAAUUAAUUGAAGAAGCAAAGAUGAAUUGAAGUUCUUCGAUUGCAUCAUUGAUACAUGAUUAUCGAAAAACAAUAAUGGCUUACGUAGGUAUUUCAAUGAGACAAUGAAAUAUAAAAGCGUGUUUAUCGUAUUCCACGAUGAUGUGCAAUAUCAAUCAGAGAGAAAAGAGAGAGAGAGAGAGACGACCAUGACGAUCAUGUUCAUUCGACGAUAUAAGCGGCGUUUAAUAAAAUGAGUGAUCUUUUAUGAGCAUGUGUGUGGGUGAGUGAUAAAAACUACUACGGUGACUUGAAAAACUUUUGAAAAAAAAUAAAAUCGUGCAAGUUUAACAAGUUAGAUCGUGGAUUUGAAUGAACUUCAUACGCGUAUGUAUUUGUAUGUAUAUUUCUUUCGUGUGUGCAAGAAAAAGAGAGGAAUGAAAAGAAAUAAUGAUAAAUAAUUGAAGAUAAUACGUUUAUCCUCUCGAUCGAUCGAUUUUUAAAUCGGUGAAGUGUUGUUUGUGACAAUCAUACGAACGUGUACGAUUCAAUUGUCACGUGUGUAUAAGAAAAUUAAAAUUAAAACUUAAC